AUGAGUAAUAUCUUACCUUCGCACAUUAUUCAUCGAUUUGCUUGUUUAUUCAUAGAUGCAAAGAAAGGUUUCGGUGGUGAACACGGUAUUGAUGAACGUGCCAAGGACAAAUCAGCAGUUGGAUUUGAUUAUAAGCCAACAAGUGAAAAGCAUUCAUCGCAAACAGAUGCUUCAAAAGGCUUUGGCGGUAAAUACGGUGUCCAGAAAGAAGAAACGAUUACACCGGUAGCGCCUGUUGCUACUCGUAGUCCAUCACCAAAGCCAGCUCCAAAGCCUAAAGUGACAGAAGAGACCGCACCAUCUGCUAGUGCUAAAGCCGAUGUUGGCAAUAUCCGAGCAAGAUUCGAAAAUAUGAGAAAACAAAAAGAAGAAGAAGCAGCACAAAGCGUUGCAGAGCAACGAAAGAAACGAGCGGCGGUUGACGAGCACCUUCAGCAACAAAACGCAAGUAGUAGUGCUAGUAAGAAUCCCGAGAAACCUAAACUUCAAACUAGCCCACCGGCAUCGGUUCCUCGACCAGAAACACCACCGCAAGUUUCAACUACCGACACAGAUGUUGAUAGCACAGUUCCAUCCAGUUCUAAUGAGAAUAAUGACACUAAUGUCGAAGAGAAGAAAGAAGAACCAGAGAAAAUUGUUGGCGGUAUUAAUGUAACUGCAUUAUUACGGCAACGAAAAGCUUCAUCAUCAUCAUCAAAGAAUGAAGAAGAUGAUGACGAAUGGGCUGCUGAACCAAAUUAA